GUCAUUUCAAUUCAAUGGGAUUUGUUUUGCGAUCGUUCACAUUCGCGUGUAGUGUGUGCUGUGCGGCGAAGUUGAAUAAAUUGUUGCAAAAUGUCUAACAAAAGAAACAAGGAAGUGGUAAACCGCGAGAGUGAGAGUGAGGAAGAACAGGACUCGGGCAGCGAGCGGGACUCGGACUUCGACUCUGAUGGAAACUUCGUCGGCGAUAAGGAGCUGCAGGCAGACUUCGAGGGUCGCAACCCUGAGGAUUGCGACUUCCAUGGCAUCAAGCAACUACUCCGACAACUGUUUCUCAAGUCUAAUGUAGACCUGGGGGCUCUGGCACAGAUCAUCAUUUCACAAAAUUAUGUGGGCAGUGUGGUAAAACAGUGUCUUGAUGAUGGAGUAGACGAAGAUGAUGAUGAGGAUGAUGGAAGUGACGGAGUGUUUGGUGUCACAACGGUCGUCAAUAUCACUAAAAGAAAAGAAGAGCCUUGCAUACAACAGAUCAGAAUGUUGCUCACAACUCUUGCAGAGGAGAAUGCUGAAGCGAAGACAGUAGCUCUUGUCAAACAGAUCUUGUCAAAUGACGCAGCACAUGUUGGACUUGUUAUUAAUGAAAGAAUCCUCAACAUUCCCUCUGCUAUCAGCGUGCCACUGUUCUCAUCAUUACAGUCUGAGCUGGAGAAGGCUACACGAAAGAACAUGCCCUACACAUUCCAGUACCUAGUGUGGAUCAGCAAGACGUACAAUACUGGAGAUGACUCAUCAGAAGUGUUGUUCGCCAACCAAGAGGAGCGACCGCUGGUGGAGGAAGCCCUCGCCAGCUUCGAUGUGGAUGUAACGGAGCAGGCCGACCUGUCGCAGUGGGAUUACGAGGGCGGUGCCAUGACGCCUUGCAGGAAGGUACUAAUCUUCGAGGGCAAGAAAUUCAACACUCUAGUGAGACUUAUGAAAGAAGAGGUAGAAUCCGCAUAAACAUUACGCCGCUUUGCAUCACUCAUCAGUGACAUAUUUAUGCCAUACAUGUACUAUUAUAUUUAUAUUUUUAAUACUACUUCAUAUUAAAUGUAAGCUUUAAGUGUAA